GCCAAGCCGUCCAACCCAGCAGCUGCCGGACCCUAGGACAGAGAGAGGGCUCCAGUGACGGCUCUACUACCCCACUAAAGAAGACAGAUCCCCCAGCAGCUCCAGCUCCUCGUCUGCAGUGCCAUGACCUUCUCGGACCUCCUGGAGCGUGUGGGCAACAUGGGCCCUUUCCAGUACCUGAACAUUGUCCUGCUUGCCCUCCCGAUCCUUGGCAUGGCCAACCACAACCUGCUGCAGAUCUUCACGGCCACCACACCUGCCCACCACUGCCGCCCACCCCCCAAUGCCUCUGAGGGGCCCUGGAUGCCCCUCCUGGGCCCCAAUGGGAAGCCUGAGAAGUGCCUUCGCUUGGCGCACAUGCCCAACACCAGCACGCCCAACGCCACCGAGGUGGUCACCGAGCCCUGCCUGGACGGCUGGGUCUACAAUACCACCAGGGACACCAUUGUAACAGAGUGGGACCUGGUAUGCAGCUCUGCCAAGCUGAAGGAGAUGGCACAGUCGGUCUUCAUGUCAGGCAUCCUGGUUGGGGGCCUGCUGCUGGGCAAGCUGUCUGACAGGUUUGGCCGCAAGCCCAUCCUGACCUUCAGCUACCUCCUGCUGGCUGCUGCCGGCUCAAGCACAGCCUUCAGCCCCAACCUCCCAGCCUACCUGGUCUUCCGCUUCCUGUGUGGCUUCAGCAUCUCAGGCAUCACCCUGAGCACCGUCAUCCUGAAUGUGGAAUGGGUGCCCACCCGGAUGCGGGCAAUCUCGUCCACCGGAAUCGGCUACUUCUACACCACUGGCCAGUUCCUCCUGUCCGGCCUGGCCUACGCCAUCCCCCAGUGGCGCUGGCUGCAGCUGAUUGUAUCUGCCCCCUUCUUUGUCUUCUUCUUGCUGUCCUGGUGGAUCCCUGAAUCCAUACGCUGGCUGGUUCUGUCUGGAAAGUUCUCAAAGGCUCUGCAGACACUGCAGCGUGUGGCUGCCCUCAAUGGCAAGAAGGAAGAAGGGGAGAAGCUCAGCAUAGAGGAGCUGAAGCUCAGCCUGCAGAAGGACAUCACCUUGGCCAAGGCCACGUAUGGCGCCAAAGACCUGUUCCAAAUACCGCUCCUGCGCCGCAUUACUCUCUGUCUCUCAGUGGCUUGGUUUUCCACCGGCUUUGCCUACUACAGCUUGGCCAUGGGCGUGGAAGAGUUUGGGGUGGACAUCUACAUCCUCCAGAUCAUCUUCGGAGGGGUAGACAUCCCCGCCAAGUUCAUCACCAUCCUCUCCGUGAGCUACCUGGGACGGCACAUCACCCAAGCGUCCACCCUGCUUCUGGCAGGUGGCACCAUUUUGGCUCUCAUCCUGACGCCCGAGGACAUGGCCAUUCUGAGGACAGCGUUGGCUGUGUUUGGGAAGGGAUGCUUGUCGAGCUCCUUCUCCUGCCUCUUCCUCUACACCAGUGAGCUCUACCCAACAGUCAUCCGGCAGACAGGCAUGGGCAUCAGUAACAUGUGGGCCCGCGUGGGGAGCAUGAUGGCCCCGCUCGUGAAGAUCACAGGCGAAGUGCAGCCCUUCAUCCCCAACAUCGUGUACGGGACCACGGCUCUCCUGGGGGGCAGUGCUGCCUUCUUUCUUCCUGAGACCCUCAACCGCCCUUUGCCAGAGAACCUCGAGGACCUACAGCAGUGGUGCAAGCCAGCAAAGGAGACAAAGCUGGAGCUGGAAGCAGAGAAAGAAGCCCAGAAGAUACUUCUGAAAUCAUGCACACAGGGCAUAGGCCCCAGCUGAAGGGUGGGCCCACCCUGCCUCCCACCCUGACCCUACAGGGCCCUGCUUGCCUCGAGCCCUGUGACAGGGUCUAAGUGGACCAGAACCCAACACAUUGCCUUCUAAGGGUACAAUGAGACUUCCCACCUCCUCCAGGGCCUCAACCACUGCCGGCCCAGCCUCCCACCUGUCCCAGGCCGCAUUGUCCUGCCGGCCCAGCCUCUUCCCCAAGGCCCCUGGCACAGCUCUUGCAGGCCGCAUCCCUUCCUUGCCCUCAAUCCUUCUCUUAGAUGAGAAAUUUCAAUAAACAGUGGUAAGGACUCAA